GCUCCUAAUGACUAAGAUGGAUCCAUUGGGUCUAUCUCAGCUCCCUCAUCACACUUUGAAAGAUAUGGGCAACCGAUCAUUCUCCGAGGCCCGAUAUCAAGAAGCUGUUCUCUAUUAUACGUCCGCCAUCAAAAAGCAACCCAACAUUUCCUCCUAUUAUUCCAAUCGGGCUUUGUGCUACGUACAAAUGCAGGAAUAUGCUAAGGCGUUGCCAGAUUGCAGGCGCUCCAUCCAACUGGAUGAGUCAAAUUUGAAGGCAUAUUUCUUUGCCGGCCAGGCUCAUCUCGGCCUUGGUCAAUGGGACGAAGCACUAGCGAAGCUUAUCCGUGCGCAUGACCUGGCUCUCGAGCAACAUCGUAAUUUUGGCGACGAUAUCACCUCGGUCAUACGGUUAGCCAAACGAAAACGUUUCGAGGCUUUGGACGAGAAACGGCGACAACAAGAAAUCUCUCUUCAGGUCUAUUUAAAUGACCUCAUAAUGCAAGACACUGAACGGAAGAAAAAAGCUGUCUUAUCUCAGUUUGGUUGUGACACGUCAUUCCGGGGUCCAUCUGACCUGAACCAACCUGCUCAAAGUCAGGACAAGUCAGCUGUUGAAGAUGCCUCAACCGUUUCGCCUUCAUGUGCUUUGGCCACUAGUCAUGGCACCUCUGGAUGUCCAAUGGCGGAUACGCAUCAUCCCGACACCUUAGACAGACCUACUGGUAUCACGAGUUCUUCUGUUCAGAUACACACUGUCGAGUCACCGUCUGCAUCACAGGAUUCAGCCUGUAUGCCCCCUGAGGUACAGUUGCAGCUGUCGCAAGUGGAAGAUAUAGCUCAGAAGCACAUAGCUGAGCUCAACGAUUUAUUUGCCCAGGUGGACAAUCGCCGCCAAAAGCGCGAAGUACCCGAUUACCUUUGUGGCCGUAUCAGUUUCGAGCUUAUGCUGGACCCGGUCAUCACACCCAGCGGCAUCACAUAUGACCGGCGAUCUAUUAUUGCCCAUUUGCGGAAAGUUGGUCAUUUUGAUCCACUAUCACGUCAACCAUUGACAGAGAACCAAUUGAUUCCCAAUUUGAGUAUGAAGGAAGUCAUUCAUGCCUAUUUGGAAGAAAAUCCCUGGGCAGACGGAUACUGACUUUUCCUUACUUUUUACCCCACCCCCUAGUUAUCAUUCUCUGUACAGAUCGACACAAAGUAUUGCGCCCUAACUUUGCGAAGUUUAUCUUGUAUACUUCGUUGCCACUUGUUUUAUCUCGAAUUGACCAGUUGCUUUAAUUUCUCUCAUCUGUGUGCUCUCGUGCUUAUCCCACUUUCUCUGUAGCAGAGUUCAUUCCGUUGCUUAAAUCAAAACGCUCAAAUCCAAUUUAUCCGCGUACCGAUUAUCUUGCAUUACAACUUUGCUUCCUCUUGCUAUUAACUUUCACAUUAUCUAAUUGCCAUGCGCCUCUUCUGGUCACAUGUUACGUCAAUCCUUAUAAUUUAUAGCUUGUUUGCUGUUUCCUCAAUAUACUUACUCCCGCG